AUGGAUUUGCAGUCAAGAUCUCUGGUGGCCACUAGCUUUGAUAGAGCUUUGUCGGUGCCUCUGAAUGCUUCGGUACGGUGGCUAUGUAGUUGCAGAUUUCUCUUGGGUAUUUGUGGUUUGUUCGUUUGCUCUCUCUCCGAUGGUUUUGCGGAGUAUGUCGCCAUCUUGCAUCUCGCUGUUGCUCUCCUUCCUCACAACAUCGGUGCUGCUUCCUCUCUCUGCCUUCGAUGCUUUUCUUUCUCUUCCCCGCAUUUCAGGUUAUGUUGGUUGUGGUUUGAGGAUUUGGAGUUAAGGGUCCGCAAGCUUGGUGCGGAUGAUGGUUUUCUGUGGGGAUUAGUUACUUCAGGCGGUGAGCCUACCUCUUCUUUUUCAUCGGUUGGAGGGGCUAAUGUCGUCUACAAUACCACUUUCUUCCUUGGUUUUCCUAGUAGUGUAGGGACUGAGACUCUGUUAGUUAAUAAGGUUGAAGCUCUCGGGCUUAUGUCAAGACGAGGUAAGUUGAUAAAAUGGCGUGAUGCUGCUGCUUCUGAGAUUCUUAGAGGUUGA